GAGUCUGUCUAUGCGGAUGAAGUGGGAUUGGGAAGCAGAGGAGAAAGGCAAAUUGCAAAAGUCAUCACCAACAUCAUCACGCUUCAGGCAGCGGUGAGGGUUGUUAACGCGCAGCUGGAAAGAGGAGCAGAUCAGCCCCGAGCUGUUUAAAUUCUCUUUACGCAGGCGCACAUCCAGCUGUGACGGAGAUGUGAGGAAUGUUGACGGUGACGGACUGGAAGGUGUGUCGCUGUUUUCUGUUGCUGUCGCCCCAGCUCUGGUUGCCUCCUGCUUUUAGUUAGAGAGAGAAACAGAGAGAGAGCCAGGCAGACAGGGGGGAGAGAGAAAGAGAAGUUUCCUGUCCUCUUGGUGCUACACUGUCGCCGAUCGUUCACCUCACACGAUGGCACGCCUGCGUCCGUGUGCGAAGCCGCUGCGCAUGGAGCCCCGUUUCCUCUCAUGAGAAGCGACAAAACCAAGAUAAAAGUGUCUCCAUGUCUGAAUUUGGGUCGCAGAAGAAGAGCGACGUGGACCCACCGGUUGCUGCAGGCUGGAGAGCAGCGUGCGACGGGGCCAGCGGCGGGAUGAGCGUGGAGGCGCACAGAGGAGAGCCCGUCUCAAACGGAAGCUGCAGCGCGUCGGACGCCGUCAGGAAGGUCCAGAAUGAAGCCAGCUGCGAAUCCCCGACGUGGGAGAACACGGGCUCGGAGUCUGCUUCCAAAUCAGCGAUCCCUCGACGCAGCAGUCUGAUCAAGGAUGGCUCACGUGCCGGUCGGGAGAAAAAGAAGACCGUGUCCUUCAGCAGCAGCCUGUCAGAGAAGAAGAUCAGCAGCGCUGCCGGGUGUAUCCACUCCAUGGUUGAAGGCAGUGAGCUAAAAAAAAUCCGCCCCAACUCCCGCGUUUAUCAGCGUUACUACCUUCUGGAUGCGGGCCUGCAGGCUCUGUUCUGGGAACCAUCCAAAAAAGAAUCAGACAAAGCUCGGAUCUUUCUUGACUCGAUACGUGAGGUCCGGACAGGUCGUAACACAGAAACUUUCCGCACCAGUGGAGUUUAUGAGCAGAUUUCGGAGGACUGUGCAUUUUCCAUCAUCUAUGGAGAGAUGUAUGAUAGCUUGGACCUGGUGGCCAACUCUGCUGAGGUGGCUAACAUUUGGGUUACUGGACUGAGGUAUCUCAUGCAGUACGGCAGACAUGCCCUCGACAUGCUUGCCAACAGUCAGGACAGUCUUCGUCUUCGCUGGCUGGAGCAGUUGUUCUCCUCCGCCGCUGAUUUAAAUAAACAGGAAGUCAUCGAGGAAGGGAUUCCCUUGCAGUCAGCUGUUAAGUUGGUGCAAAGUGUGAAUCCUGGAGUGAGCAGCGGAAAAGUGGAGCACAGGUUUAAAGAGAUUCAGAGACUCAGGGAGAAGAUGUGCACACUUGCACUGCAUAGCGAAUCAGGGCUUAAAGACCACACUGAAAACGAAAAGCCAUCAGAGAGAAAGGAGCAAGUGUCCAGGCAAGAGUUCAUUGAGGUCUUCCAUGAUUUUUGCACCCGUCCGGAGAUCUAUUUUCUGUUGGUGCAGUUCUCCAGCAACAAAGAGUACCUGGAUGCAAAAGAUCUGAUGAGGUUCAUUGAAGCUGAGCAGGGUGUGGCACAAGUGAGUGAGGAAACAUGUCUGAAACUCAUCCAGACCCAUGAGCCAUCAGAAGAGGGACGGCAGCUGGGACACCUGUCACUGGAUGGCUUCACCAGCUACCUCACUUCCUCUGAGUGCCAUCUGUUUGACCGGGAGCAUGAUACCAUUUGUCAAGACAUGACUCAGCCUUUGUCUCACUACUACAUCAACUCCUCCCACAACACCUACCUCAUCGAGGACCAGUUUCAAGGUCCCUCAGAUAUAUCCGGUUACAUUCGCGCCCUGAAGAUGGGGUGCCGAUGCGUGGAGGUGGAUGUGUGGGACGGCCCUGAUGGGGAGCCGGUGGUUUGCACAGGGCACAGUCUUUCCCGUCCACUGGUCCUGCGUUCUGUGUUGGAAGCAAUUGGAAGGUUUGCAUUUGUGGCAUCAGAGUACCCAUUAAUUCUCUGUAUUGAAAACCACUGUUCGGUGCAACAGCAGAAAGUUUUAUUGAAACAUCUCACAAGGAUAUUGGGGGAGAGACUGUAUAAAGAUCUACCAGAUGAAGAGGCUUUGUACCUACCGUCACCACAUUCACUAAGACAUCGAAUUCUACUGAAGGGGAAAAAGCUUGGGCCAGUUUCAGGUGGGGAAGAUGGGGAGGCAAGUGAGGAAGAUGAAGGAGCAGAAAUGAGUCAAAGGAUAAAAGCAUUAAAUGCUGGUGGAACUGAGAAGGAUGUUGUGCAGAAAAGUGUUUCUCUCGCAUCCGUCCCUCAGUCUAACAUGACUCAUCCUUCCCCCAAACGCUUCCAGUUGUUGAGGGAACUGUCCGACUUAGUAACGCUGUGUCAUUCUGUUUGCUUCAAAGACUUUAAAACCUCUGCUAAAACCCAAAAACCCUGGGAACUGUGCUCCUUCCAUGAGUCCCUGGCCUUGCAUCUCGCUGGUGACAGCCCUGGAGACUUUGUCAACCACAACAAGCAUUUCUUGUCACGAGUGUACCCCAACCCCAUGCGCAUUGACUCGAGCAAUAUGAAUCCCCAGGACCUAUGGAAGUGCGGCUGCCAGAUUGUGUCAAUGAACUUUCAGACAGCAGGACUGAUGAUGGACCUGAACACGGCCUGGUUCCGGCAGAACGGGAGCUGUGGUUACGUGCUACGUCCGGCCAUUAUGCGGCAAAAAGUGUCUUAUUUCAGUGCUGACACCAAAGACACAGUACCUGGCGUGUCUCCACAGCUACUGCAUGUAAAGGUGAUCAGUGGCCAAAAUCUGCCCAAACCAAAAGGUUCUGGGGCCAAAGGGGAUGUUGUUGACCCAUAUGUGUACGUGGAGAUCCAUGGCAUCCCAGCUGACUGCACAGAGCGCCGCACCAGGACUGUGACACAGAACGGGGACAACCCCAUCUUUGAUGAGAGCUUUGAGUUCCAGAUCAACUUGCCUGAGCUCGCCAUGGUUCGUUUUGUGGUGCUGGACGAUGACUUCAUUGGCGAUGAAUUCAUAGGCCAGUAUACUAUACCACUGGAGUGCCUCCAACCAGGGUACCGGCACGUGCCUCUCCAGUCCCUCACAGGGGAGGACCUUCCACACGCCAAGCUGUUUGUGCACGUGGCCCUCACAAACCGGAGAGGAGGCGGAAAACCUUACAAAAGAGGCCUCUCGGUACGAAAGACUAGAAGAGGGAGGGAGUAUACGGCUCUGAGGGACUUAGGAGUUCGGACUGUCGACGAGGUUUUCAAGAUGGCUGCUCCUCUUUUGAGAGAAGCGACAGACUUGAGGGGUAACAUGCAGAACUCUGUUGCAGUAUUCAGAGAGCUGUGUGGGGUGUCGGCUGUGGCCAACCUCAUGCAGUGUGUACUGGCCCUGGGCUCCAGAUCGUCGGGCCCAGAGGGAAACCCUUUACUGCUGUUUGACCUAAGAGACAACUACCCAACCCUAGAGCCCCAGGGAACCCUGCCAGAUGUCCUUCGCCGAGUUGUCUCCAUCUAUGAAACGAUGGUCAAUGCAAGCAAAGCUGUGAUGGAAUUUGCAGAUGCAAUCUAUGAAAAAAUCCUGCAUAUACAGACAAUGGCGAUGGAGUUUCACGAAAAGCUGCAAAGCCUGGCAAUGAAGGAAGGGCUAAAGGGUUCCAAGGUUAGUCGAGCAUUGGAGAGUUUCAGCUGGAACAUCACCAUCCUUAAGGGCCAGGCUGAUCUGCUCAAACACGCCAAGGCUGAAGUUGAGGAGAACAUGAAGCAGGUGCAUGAUGCAGCUCUGACUGGAAACCUCGGCAAGCAGGGGGUAGGACUGAGACGAGUUCGCUCCCAAACAGGACGAGGCCUGGAUGACAGCCCAAGCGCUUGAGGCCCCUCAUCUUAGCAAGAUGACCACACUUCUGCCAUAUUUGCUGUGAUACUUUUCACAUACCACCAGUUUGUUCUCAAACUCCCAAAGCUGUGGGAGCAUUACAGUAUCCAAGAUCUGAGAAAGAUAAAAGAGUUCAUGAAAGUAAAUUUUCGAAUAUACAAUUGCCGUGAACGGGGUGAUGUACUGCUGGUAGGAGAUCCACGAACUACAGUGUUGAAUAAAUGAAUGUAGUUAGACUUGAAGCCAAGGUUCUGCUGUAUGUACUGUUGUAAACAUGCCAAAUUAUCUGCCUCUUAUGUGAACGUUUUGUAGGUUUAAAGUGUGCCAUGGCUGCAUUUUUACAUGCUGUCAGUUAGGUGACCUAAAGGUUGGAACAUCUUACCUUUUUGUUAAAGAGCACCUACUCUGUCUGUAAAUCUGUGGAUAUUUGAUGUCCCCAACCACCGUGAAACCAUUUAUGUGAACCAUUGCAGUCCCGUGUGUCUUGAGUUUCUGUUUUUCACUGAACAUCGUUUGCUCCCGCAUUGCUGCUCUAAAUUCAGUUGCCACGAGAUUGUCUAUUUUGCACCAACCCUCAGAUGUUCCCCCUUCAAAUAUUGUCUCACAUAAAAAGUAUUCUAUAUUUUUGUAUUUCCCAGAGCCCCUCCCUCCCAGUCCUAUUUAAACCCUUCUUACCCGCCAUAUGGAUCAACGCCAGAGGUUUUGAUGUCUGCCUCCAGGGAACUGAUACUGUUACUGAAGAGAGCGUUUACUUUGCGUGCAGAAAACUGUAAAGUAUUUUGAUAUGUGAACCUAUCCUUUUGCUGUAAAGAAUAUUUUGCAUAAGUUAUUGAUGCUGAAAGAAAACAUUUCAGAUGCGUUCUAGUGCAUACAAGGCAUUAGAUGAAGCCCAACAGGUAAGUCAGGAUGGAAAUAAACAUGUUGUUUUUUUAAAUGA